CUUUAAAAGGAUGUGCUGGUCUCAGUGGUUCAGUAACAGCUUUCACUGAAGCGUCACGCCGUAAUGGAGUGGCUUCAGGUCUUUGGAGUCCUGGCGGGUUUAUCACUCUGCAAAGGAACUCUAACCACGCCGAGCCCAGCUCACAGUCCCACCUAUCUCAUAUCCGUCUCUCAAAUUCUACACUGUGGUGUUCCGACCACUUUAUCAGUCACCGUUCUGGCAGAUUAUCCCAUCAAAGUCAAGGCUGAACUCUUCCAUGAAAACAGGAGUUUGGCCCAAACAGAGAGCACCAUCCCAGGAGGCUCUACCAGACUGCUGUCUCUUCCCCCCGUCUUUUUAAAUGACACGCGUUACUGGUAUCCUUAUCAGCUGAAUGUUAAGGGGUUUGUUGGAGCUAAUCGGGUGUUCUCCAACUCCACCACAAUGUUCUUCAGUCCCAAGUGCAUGUCCAUCUUCAUCCAGACCGACAAGAACAACUACCAACCAGGGCAGACGGUGAAAUUUCGGGUUGCAUCGGUUACGCCUGAAGGCAAUCCGUACAAGGGUCAGAUCGAUAUUUUUAUCAGGGAUCCCAAGGGGAAUUUGAUUCGGCAGUGGCUGUCUGUGGACUGUUUUCUUGGUGUUGUUUCGAAAGAGCUGAACAUCUCUAAAAACCCGCCACUUGGCUCUUGGAAAAUUGUCGCCGGACUCAAUGAUGUUGUACAUGAGAGAGAGUUCACUGUGGACAACUAUGUGCUGCCUAAAUUCGAGGUGAAUGUGAGCGUCCCCUCGACCCUGCAUUAUGAAGACAAACUGACCGGGACGGUCACAGCCAAGUAUUUUUAUGGGAAGCCCGUCAGUGGGGUGAUGUCUGUCACAUAUGUUCACUUUUACAAUGGCCUACAGAAGCUUUACCAAUCCAAAGAAACAAUUGACGGUUCUGCUGCUAUCACAUUCAGUGUGCCGUACUCCAAACAGUUAAAUGACUACACAUACUCCUAUUAUGAAGGAUAUGGGGCCAGUGAAUAUGUGGACAUUAUGGUGAAUGUCACAGAUGUUACAGGGUUAACCUACAACGGCAGCGCGAGGACUUCUGUUGUGAAGAAUAAAUAUAAUCUGGAGUUUCUGCAGUAUCCACGGAUCAUAAAACCCUCCAUGACCUUCACUGCUCAGCUGAAGCUAAGCAUCUUUGAUGGCCGGCCGCUGUCAGCUGAAGAGCAGAGCAGAAGCGUGCAGCUGGCAGUGACCCAGCACAAGUACAGCCCCUGGACGUGGAUGUGGAACACGGGCGAAUCCUCAGCGCCUCGAUCAACGAACAUAACGGAAAACACAACGGAAAACACAACGGAAAGCACAGCGACCAGCUUCUAUCCCAUUUUUGAUGUUCCAGUGGAAAACAUCGAUCUUCCCAUCACUGCUGAUGGCGUGAUGUCUUUCCAGAUUCAACUCACUGACAGUGUCGCCACUCUGUAUAUAGAGGCCAGGUUUGAAGACACAGUCCAGAAUCUUCAGCUCUACAGGACUUAUACUUCACCGAGCGGAUCCUACAUACAGCUUCACAGAAAAAGUGAGCCCCAGGUCGGAAAGGAGCUGUAUUUCACUUUGGAGAGCAAUUUCAAUCUGACAGAAUUUCACUACUUUGUGAUGUCCCGUGGUUGGGUGGUGGAUGCUGGGACGGUACAUUCCUCCUCCUUCAGUCUGAACACAGAUUACUCUUGGACUCCAUUGGCCUGUGUGAUGGUGUACCACACGCUUCCGGACGGAGAGAUCGUGAAUGAUACUCUGCUAGUUACUUUCACACAAGUCUUAAGGAACACAAUAUCUCUGAGCUGGAGUCAGGAUCGUGUGGAACCAGCAGAUUCCAUCUCUCUUUCCGUGUCUGUAUCCGAGCCCGGAUCUCUGCUGGGAAUCCUGGUGGUGGAUAAAGCAGCACUGGACUCCAGCAAAGACAAUGGCAUCACAGAGAAGACGGUGCUGGAAGAAUUCAUGUCGUAUAGCAUAGACAUGACCUACGCGGAUUACAGCAGCAUGGAAAUGGGAGAUCCGUAUUCCGUAUUCAUGACGGGCAGGUUCACCGUUCUGACCGAUGCCAAACUCCAUCAAGAACGGAGUGACAUAUUACCUUUUUUCCCAGGGACGGCGCUCUUAAUGAAUCAGCAAGACAGCAGUGGUUUCCAGGAGCCCAGAAAGCGAACAGACUUUCCUGAAACCUGGAUCUGGCUGGAUGCUAAUGUGAGUGAUUCUGCCUUGGAUUCUUUCCAUUUCACCGUGCCGGACAGCUUGACCUCAUGGGUGGCCUUUGCCAUCGUGAUGUCAGAAAAUCUAGGUUUGGGCAUCAGUGCUCCUGCAGAGUUGACUGUGUUCCGAGAUUUCUUUGUGUCACUGAAUCUCCCUGCGUUCCUGAUCCGUGGGGAGCUGCUGCUGCUGGAAGCCAAUAUAUUCAACUAUAUGGAUGUAGAUUUGGAGGUGAUGGUUGUGGUUGCAGAAAGUUGGAUGUUUGAGUUUGUGUCACCAGACAAUGGAGGACUUUCUUUGGACAACGUGAGGAAAGUCUCAGUGAUGAGUCAGAACAUCACAACGCUCCUGUUCCCCAUCAGAGCCACUGCUCUGGGAGACAUUCCCAUCUCCGUGAAAGCCACGUCCAUCUACUCUUCAGACUUGGUCUUUAAGACGGUUCUUGUCAAGCCAGAGGGACUGGAGCAAUCAUACUCUGAAACCUUGUUUCUGGAGUUUCAACCGAAGCAGAACACGCUGACUAGCACAAUGUCGUUUAAUUUUCCUGCAAAUGUGGUUCCUGGCAGUCAAAGGGCCAGCGUGUCUGCUGUGGCUGAUAUCCUGGGCCCAUCCAUUGGCAAUCUGGACUCUCUCAUUGAGAUGCCUUACGGUUGUGGAGAGCAGAACAUGAUCCAUUUUGCUCCAAAUAUUUAUGUCCUGCAGUACAUGAGAAGGACCAAGCAGACCAAUGAACAGACCAGAAACAAAGCUAUGAGCUACAUGAUGGAAGCUUAUGAGCGUGAGCUUUCCUACCAAAGGGUUGAUGGCUCCUUCAGUGCUUUUGGAGACAGUGAUGACUCUGGCAGCACAUGGCUGUCAGCGUUCGUGCUCAGGUGUUUCCUCCAGGCUCAGGGCUUCAUUUCCAUCGACCCGAUGGUGAUACAGAGGACAGUGUAUUGGCUGCUUGCUCAUCAGAACGCUGACGGUUCGUUCGCCGAGCCGGGUCGGGUCAUCCACACAGAGCUCCAGGGAGGAAUGGAUGGGCCGGUGUCUCUUACAGCAUAUGUCCUUAUAGCACUUUUGGAGGACGCUGAAUACAGGACUGCAUAUGAAGACAGAAUCUCUACUGCCGUGAGUUUCCUGACGUCUCGACUGGCUCAGAGAAUCUCCAGUAACUACAGCCUGUCUUUAGUCACCUAUGCUCUGUCACUGGCCAACAGCACCGCCGCCCCAUCUGCCCUCACCGAGCUGCUGAACAGAGCACUAAUUGUUGAUGGAGUGCCAACCUGGAGACCUCCAGCCAGCGUCCUUUACAAUUCCUGGCAGCCAAGUUCAUCAGAUAUUGAGAUGUCGGCCUACGUCCUGCUCGCCAUGCACAGACUCCAACUAAUGGAUGAAGGAUUCAUUCUGGUGAAGUGGCUCAGUAAGCAAAGAAACCAUCUUGGGGGAUACGGAUCCACUCAGGAUACAGUGAUGGCGUUGCAAGCUCUGUCAAUCUACGCCAUCUUCAGCAGCGCAGAGUCCAUAGACGUCUCCAUCACUGUGAACGAUGCCUUAGGCACUGCCGCUGUGUUCAACAUAGACAGAUACAAUUACCUGGUCCAGCAGAGUCAAGACCUGCCCAUUGAAGCACAAGAGGGGGUUGAUAUUGAGGUGGUGGCAGAGGGUAAAGGCUUCGCUCUGUUUCAGCUUAAUGUGUUCUACAACGUGAUGAACCUGAAAACAUCACUCAAACGGCGUGAUAUACAAACAGAAGAGGCCUUUUAUCUGUAUAUAGACGUGAUGGACAAUGAGGAGUUCACUGUAGACCUUCAAAUAUGUUUCAGGCUGAGGGAGGACCAGGGCCUGAAACAGACGGGUAUGGCUAUACUGGACGUGGGAUUACUCACAGGAUUCAGUUUGUCCCAUAACGGUGUCCAGCUAAAUGAUAUAGUCAGAAGAGUAGAGACGGCUUCAGGACGAGUUACACUUUAUUUAGACACAGUGACAACAGAAGAAAAAUGCGUUGAAAUAUCCACCAUCCUGGACUUUAAGGUGGUCAAUGUCCAAGAUGCUGUGGUCAUGAUCUACGAUUACUAUGAGCCCCGACGGAGGACAGUGCGGUCCUACACAUCCGAGUCAAGACGGGACAUGUCUGUGUGUUCGUUAUGUGGGCCAGAUUGCUCCCAGUGUGGGGUUCGAGACAUCUGGGCUACUGCCGGGACGCCGUCCGUUAACCAACAUCCACUUCUGACUCUAAGUUUGACCACAGCACUCUUUAUCCUUCUGUCAAUCUGCAACUAGUGUUUUCCCUAAAUCAAAACCGCUGUAAUCAGUAACACGUAACACAAUUUAUAAAGCUAAAUUUAUGUGUAAAUUGUUUUUAAAAAAUGGUUUCUGUAAAUGUGAAAGAAAAAUCUGUGUAAAUUCUACGUGUGAAAAUUGGUGCAUUUAGUUCAGUGCAACAAUGACAAACAGUUUAGACAGAUUUUGUUACUUUAAAUGAGGUUUCAGCAAUUAAUAUUUUAUUAAUUAAAAAGAAAUGAUUACAUCAAAUUAAUUAUUCAACUUUCGAUUAAUAUUAUAAUAAUUAUUAUAAUUCAUGAAUUAAUUAUUGAUUAAAUAAAAGAUGCUUUUAUUUUUUAGAUUUUUCCGAUGCACCCUGUUUUUUUGUCUGGCUUUUUUUUUUUUUAUGAGAAUAAUUGAAAUAGUAAAUCGGGGUCAGGCUCAAAACUGAUAAAUUAACUUUUUAAAUGUAAUUCUUUCACUGUGAUUCUUGCAUUCUCUGUCAACAUUGUAAUAAUCCACUGCUUAAAGCUGCGUUACGUACCUCAGUUACAAAUUUUACAAUAGUGAACAUGUUUGUCUUUUUUGAUCUUGUGAUGGCUUUUAUGAGUUUCAACAUUAUUUGUUCAUUAUUUGACGUUCCUCUUUAUCAAUUAUAUACAAAGUGACCUACGUUGAAUUUUGACCUUUAGUUACAAACAUGCAAACUUUGGAAAAAUUAUAUUUUUGCCCGCUCGAGGAGCGAGUGUUUUAAUUUGGGAAACAAUAGAUUUAAGUUUCGACAUUAUUUGCUCUUCAGACAUUCCACGUUAAAAGAUAAAAGUAUCAGAUGUACGCAAAGAGACCCACAUUUAGUUUUUGACCGCUGAGAUUGUGUAAAAGGACUUUAAAUCUCAGGUGAGAAUUCCCUCUAUAAAACAGUGUAGUAGUAAAUCAGAAAAUAUUAAUUCAUAGCAUUUGAUAUUUUGGUUUUUGUCAAUUUUCGACCUUUCUUUAGAAAAAACCUGAAAUGAUAAAAAUGGAGAGUCACUCCACUGACCUGAAUGCAGCUAUAUUGCAAAU